GUAUUACACCAAAAAUGUCUGCCUAAAAGUUAACAUCUUAGAAGUAAAAAAUCUCAAGUUACCAACAGUUAAGGACAUUCUUAAGCUGGCUUCUCCUGUUCAUUAGUGUUAGGGAUAGCCUUUCCCUGAUACGGUGCUCAUAACCAGCCAGCUGUGGUAAGGCAGUAAUAACCUAAAAUAGAAUUCAUGAAAAAAAAAUCAGAUACCAAGCUUUUUUGUUGAUGCAUAAAAGCUUUUGAAGAAAUUGAAUUAGUAUUUAGCAUCAAACAUAAUUUAAGUUUAUUCUGAUAUGCAUGUAUAUACGGAAAAAAAAUAAUAAUUAGGGAAAUCAAGCAGAUCAAAUGAUUAAAAACAUUAUCCAGAUUACAUGUCAUGUCUGAGAAAUGAUGAGCUCUAAACUUUACAUUCAACGAAAUAUAUUACUAAACUUUAAACUUAACACUCACCUUUUCCAUAAAUGAUGUAAAUGUAGCAAAUGGAAUGCUGUUGAGGGAGGGAGCUUUCUCCCACAGUCCCACUUGCUUGGCUGAUUCCCUUACUGUGUACUAAAAAUCGAGAACGCUCAAGUUAUUAAUCCCAUUACUCUAAAUAAAUCAACGUGCGUGUUGGGCUUAAGAGAGCAGUUUAUUACAUCUAUUGAACAUUUGUUUGGCCACUGGCGUGUGAGCCCCGAAGGGCCGAGCCGCCGAUGUUCCGAGCGAUCACGAGCCCUGAAGGGGGUGAGUCGGGGCUCGCUCGGAACAUCGGCGGCUCGCCCCUUCGGUUCUGGGCGAUCUACAAACAAGGGAUUUAUAUUUACGAUCCUGAGACCUCGAUAUUGUCAUGCAAAUUUACAAAUUUCAUGAAAUGAUUGACUUGAAAUAAUAAAUUUUGAUAAAUAGAAAAAUCAUGGUGAUUUAUCCGCAAUAAGUUCGUUACUAUAAGUCAAAGUGAUGGGACAAGUUAUUUGAUUCAAGAUGGCGACAAAAGUAAACAUGCAAUAACGAGAGCUAAUUUUAUCAUUUCAUAACUAUUUUUAUUACAUACCAAGAAUGUUUCUUGGGCCUCGGUUGAUUUAGUGUUCUUUUUCUUCUUUUGAAGAAGUUCUGAAGCGGUGAAUUCUUUUUUUUUUGGUCCAUCGUCAACCUCACUAGUGCUAGCAACGGUACUCGUUGCGGUGCUCGUAGUCGACUCCGAUGAAGAAUCAAUCUUGGUUUUCUCAUUCAAAAUGGUUAGAAGUGCCUUAAUUUGCUCUUCACUUAAAUUAGCUAAAGCUGUUGAGCUCAUCUCUUGCGUUUUAGUACUUUUAAAAAGAUUAGAAGAACACGAACAAUCAACUACUCUCUAUAUCCUGUAUCAGAGAUCAGAGAACGAACCGGUACCAAUCGCACGAAGCAACGGUAUUUUGGCGGGCUUUCUUUCUGGUCCCUGAUUGGUGCAAUUUCAUGCGCAUGUGUGUUCCCUGCCGCAGGAAAGAAGAAACGCGGGCUCUGGGUACGAGAUUGAUAACAGUCUAUGGAGUCCAUUGAACAAGCUAGAAAGACAAAGAAUAAAGAAAAAAAAGCUCGACAACGGUCAAGGAAGGUUAUUUGUAAAUGCAAGUUAUGUAAGGGAAAAGUUGAGAUAGCAAUACGCACUGCUGGAAAGCAUCUAAAGCUUUACGGACCGUUUGAGAUUUCAAGUAAUGACAACAGUAUUCAAGGUGUCGUUGGCCGGGGACCUCUCGAAAUUACUGAAUCAACUGGAAGUUUUGACGAACUUGAUCACGAAUCAAUACUUGAAGACUGUGAAACUAUAGUUUCUACUUCGACUUCAUCUGAUUUAAGUUCUGAACAUGGUGGUGUAAGUGUUUGUUCGUCCGAUCAUGAAGGGGAAUACAUUGAAGUUGAUCUCGAGCAAAGCAACGAGGAACUCGAGUCUUCUAGCUGCAUGUAUGAAGAAGCUUUGUACAACACAGAGCGUGCAAAGAUACCAUUAUUUUCCAAUAGUGACCAGACUGUACUUCAGACACUUUGUCGUUAUUUUUUGUGGUUUUCGGAGCAUCCUGGAGUUAGCAAAAGUUCACUUUCUGACUUACUGUCUCUUCAACAUCAAUAUGUGUUGCCUGCUGACAACAACCUCCCCUCUUCUUACGAUGAUGCCUUCAAAUUUAUAGAGCCAUUUCUGCUGCCAUUAGAUAAUUAUCACGUCUGCCCUAAUCAUUGUGUAGUCUUCAGAGAUUCCCCUCGUUUCAAAUACAAAAAUUUGAAUAAGUGCCCUGAGUGUGGAAGCCCCAGAUAUGUUGGCAACAACCCAAGAAAUAGCUUUCACUACUAUCCAGUUGGACCACGCUGGAAACGCAUGUAUGGCGAUGCAACUAUUUCAGAACUUCUACAAAGCCAUAAAAUGCCUUCUACUGAUCAUGAUGUUGAUGGAUGUGGCAUGAUGAGAGAUAUUCAUGAUUCGCCUCAAUUCCUGGAAGCCUUUACGUCUGAUGGAAAAUUCUGUGGAGACCAGCGAGGACUAGCUUUGCAGUUUUCCACAGAUGGAAUGAAUCCUUUUAGUCAUGGAACUUAUUCCAUGUGGCCCUUAACAUUAACAAUGCUCAAUCUUCCUAAGAAAGUUAGACAUUUGUUUAGCAGUAUUAUGUUGGUUGGUAUUAUCCCAGGUCAACAGCGUGAUGGUGCUCUUAAGAUAGAUGCAUACUUAGAGAUUUUGGUGGACGAACUAUGUGAGCUCUCUGGUGUCAAGUUUUAUGAUGGUUUUCUCAAGGAAUCAUUUACAUUCAAAGUGAUGAUUCUGAACCAUGUGCUAGACUACCCAGGACUGAACAAGUUGUUUUCUGCAUAUGGGGCAAACGCAAUUCAAGCAUGCAUGUGGUGUGAAAUUGAAGGUACAUACAUAGAAUCGCUUGACAAGACUGUUUAUUUAGGAAACAGAAGAUACUUGCCAAAAGAUUGUGAAAUGCGUCUAGACACAGAGAAGUUUCCAGACAAGAUAAUAGAGAAGAGAGAAGCCCCACCAAAGAAAGAGUUUUCAGACAUAAUGGUUGAUUCUGUUGCAUAUGAAAGUGCACCAAAUGCAGCUCAAGCAAGGAAUAUUGCUCGUGGGUCUGGUGUGAAGUCAUGCUAUAGUUUAAUGCUUCUACCGGAUCAUGACCGAACAACUCAAGCAUUUCCUGAUGUUAUGCACACAACCAUGUGCAUAAUGCUGUACUUGCGAUCUUUGAUUUGAUCACUGGAAGAGAAGAUACUUUAAAAGUCAGAACCACAGAAAAUGCUCUUCAAAGAUUCAGCGUGAAUCCUAAUACUGUUGAUGAUCAAACUGCUACAACAUCUAAAGGAAAACCAUCUUCUGUGCGUGUUGCUGGAAACAAGAGGAAGGCAUCCAAUGCAAAGAAACAGCUUCCAGAUGCACCAUUCCGACUAACAAAUUGUGAAUUAAAGAAGGCAGAUAAACGAGCUUCAGAAAUUAGUGUUCCAAUUGGGUUUGGGUGGAAACCAAAAGCAUUUUUUAGCAACUACGCUCAUAUGAAAACCCAUGAUUGGAAAGAGGUUGCAACUCAAGGUAUUAUCAAAUAUUGCUUGCAAGAUGCACUUGGUAACAAUCAAAGAGCAACAUUUUUGUCAUUCCUUGAUUUCUUGAAAAAAGUUCACUCAGAUGAACAUACUGAUGAAAGUAUUAAGGAGCUUCAGUUAGAAGUAAAUUUGGUUUGUGCUAGAAUUGAGCGUGAUUUUCCAGUUAGUGUACAGGUAAUAAGUUUGCACCUUAUUAGACAUAUUGUUGAUGGGAUUAAGAUUCAAGGACCAACACACAGCUGGAGUAUGUGGAUGUAUGAACGGUUUAACUCUUGGAUCUCAAGACGUGUGAUGAACCGAAAAACACCUGAAGCUACAAUAAUGAGAACUUACCAAGUACAUGACUGGUGUCAAUUUAUGAAGGCUUCAGGAAGACUUCCAGGGGUUGAAAGCCCUCUUUUUGAAAUGGAUGAGUGUUCAGAUGGCGAGGACAGAGGUACCAAGGAAAGCACUGCUGCUGAGAGCAUUCCAGCACCAGAGAAUGUUGUCAAUGUUUUAAGAUAUUUUUAUGAGAUUGCUGAAGAUGAAGAUUUCUCCACAGAAAUUUCUCUUUCACAUAGCCACAGUGAAAUGGUAUUUGGAAGACUUAUUGAGUGGAGAGGUAGAGAGAAAGAAAGGUCCUCAAAGGUUUCCUCUAUUAUAGAAUUAAAACUUGAUGCAGCCACAGCAGAUCUGAAACCCACAUUUGGCCAGAUUAAGCAUUUCUUUACAAACAGCUACUCUGGCAAGACAACCAAGUUUGCUGUUGUGGAUAUGUUCGAGGAGGAAACCACAGUAUGCACAAGUGUCAGUCAAUGGACAGUAAUCCCUGGACAAUCAAAAAUGAUCAUCAUACCAGCAAAUUUUGAGUAUCUUUCAAGGCCACUGGUCACUGCCAAACCAGUGGAUAACAUAGAUAUUUUAUACAUCUUAAAUCGUUAAUAGUCAUUAAUAUAAAUAGUCAUUGCUGUAAGAAGCACAGAAUGCAGUCACCGUACAAAGUUGGUUCAAAGAAUGGCCUUAUUCAACCUUGCUUCUUACUUUUGUGAUAACAUCAUAAUUCUAGACAAAUUACUAAAAAUCGAUGUCACAAAAAAACAGUAUUGUGUCUAUUACCAGUCUCCUAAAGUAGCCAUUUUUUAUUGUGUUUUGUCCAAGGUAUAUGCCAUAUGCAUGCAAAGAAAAAUAUAUGCUACUUUUUUUAAUUCAA